AUGAUGAGAAGCCGCCAGCAAACCGUCAGAAAGAGAGCGAAUGCGACAGCCCAGAUCGAAGAAACUACCAGUCUAGAAGACCCUUAUGCCCAAGAGGCUCAUCCAGGUCCCAGUACCACUACUCCAACUCCAUCCAUUUCAGAUUCCGAAAGCAAUGCAUCUGGAACGACGGUACUUUCUUCAAGGGAUCCUCGAGUUACUAGCAUUGUUUACCGAUGGCCUCGCCCCAAAUAUCAUCGAAUGCUCGCAGGUGGGAUAUUCGUAUUACCGAUAAUGCCUCGAAGCUCGAUUCUCAAUGGUAGACCUUUGGACGAUACUGAGUGGGAAGAUUUUAUUGAACAAAACAUUCCUCCAACCUUCUCGAACUACCAACUUUACACCAGUACUGGAGUUGUCCGAGUGGCCGUGAGUCUUCUUUCUCCAAUGGAAACCUUAGAGGCUUUCUAG